AUGGAGAGGUUUUCUCCAACUCGAGGAUCGCCAUCGGAGCAGCUUACUGCAUUCAACCCGAUGGGAUAUGAGGCUAUUGCUCACCGAGCAAACCCUGCCUCUUUUUCCGGAAUGGCGACAAUCCGUCCGACUGGUGACCCGUUUGCCGGUUGGCUCAAUGAGACAGGGUCUGCGCCUAGCAUUCCUUCGUCUCAAACGACCCCUGCAAGCUCUGCUGCUUGCUAUGCCUAUUCAACACCCCUCGCCCUUGACCAGGUAAACACUCACACAUCAACCAACGAGUACUCAUCUGUUUCUCCUCAGCUGGGUCGCACUUUUAAUGCAGCUCACACCUUACCAAUCGGCCCAUUCCAACAGUCAUCUGGUUCACCUCAAUUGUCUCCUGCAAAUGCUGGUCCUGGUGAAAUGCGAUACUCGCCUUCCCAUGCCCAGGCAUCUCGGUCGCUGGAGCAAAUGCAAUACUCGCCUCGUUCGUCAACUCACACUCAGGCGCAUUUGGGAGCAUCUCAGUACCCGCUCUCUCCUGUCCAGACAGGUAUUGCCAAUGCUCGGUACUCACCAUCCCGUGGAGAAAUCAGUUACGAAUACAGCCCAACCCCGGAUUUCAUCUCUAGCUUGUUCGCAACCACUUACGAUCCCACCGUUGGAGAUGCCAAUGUUGCCUCUACGGAUGCACGGACUCAUAUUUCCCGGGGUAACCAAGCUGGUAUCGCCACUUCGAGAUCCCUCUCCGGUGGAACUCAUGAUGCUACUGAAAAACAUCGAAGCUUUAUCGUGCAUCAUGUCCCUCUCGACACCUCCCACCGGUCUAUUGUUAUGCUGUUCCCCAUUGAUGAAUAUCCUUCCCUUGAAGAAGUUUGUCUCCAGCACCUUGAGGCUAGGGGCGUGUUCUCGUUUUCGUUUGGGGAUCUUCGAGAGGCGAUCCAGGCCAUGAACAAAAUUCGCCUAACCCGUCCUACCUGGCGUGUCUUCCCGGCCAGUUUGGAAGAAAUUGCCAAUUUCAAUGGAACCAAUAGCACCAAAGGAGCCGCUUCCUCUGUUACUGUUCCUCGGGAUGGUGCAUUCCUGCUUUCUGUGUACACCAUUCCAAGCCAGUGGCUCAUGGAACCCAUGGAAGAGAUUGUUAAACAUGUUGUCUCUUCUCUUGGCACCCUGCGUUCUUGCAAACUUAUCGAGAAUGGAACGAACAUGAGUCGAUACCAAGUUGAAUAUUUUAACAAGCGUCAUGCGGCUUAUGCUUUUUCAUGUCUCGGUGGGUUUAGACUCGAUAGUCUUCGUUUCGAUGUCUCCAUUGAUGCAGCAGAAGAUAUUCCUGUUUUGGCUCACCUUCGAACGACCAGCUUUGGCUCCCCUCAGAGCCCCGUGACUCCGUAUCACCUCGUGUCCAAGGAGAACGAGAUCGAGGAGAAGGUCGACAUUUCCCCGGCUUCCGAGGAGGGUCAGACGAGUGCAGAGCAUGCUAUCAAUCUUGAUCGAAUCAGGCAGGGACUAGAUGUUCGCAGCACUGUCAUGAUCCGCAACAUUCCCAACAAAAUUACCUCCGACCAGUUGAAAAGUAUCCUGGACGAGUCCAGUUAUGGGAAGUAUGACUUUCUUUACCUGCGCAUGGAUUUUACCCAUCGUUGCAACGUUGGUUAUGCGUUCAUGAACUUCGGUGAUGCAAUUGACAUUGUAAAUCUCGUGCACGCUCGACAGGGCAAGACUUGGCCCGACUGCAUCUCCGAGAAGAGGGCUGAGGUUUCUUAUGCCACACUUCAAGGGAAGGAGGCUCUCGUGAACAAGUUCCGAAACAGUAACGUUAUGACCCGUCCUCACGAAGAGCGACCUCGACUCUUCCAUAUCGACGGCCCUCGUGCAGGUACCGAAGCAGCUUUUCCCGGCCCCAAUGAUGCCAGUAAGCUCCGUCGUUCGGUUGCUAGCACCACUCAGCAAGGCCUCUUUGCACCCCGGAACCGAGCUCCCACUACUCCUCGGGCCAACCGCACCCGGCCCCAAUCCCAGUCGUUUAGCCAGACUCCACGAGGUCGAGCAUCAAUCCGCACUCCCCGGCAUUCUGGUGGACGAUCGGUCCAGCACGCCCCUGGCGAAUUUUCUUCGAUGCAGGCAGAGGACCGUCAAUUCAUCUCGCCGAGGAAUUAA